AUGUUUAUUCUUUCUAAAAUUUCGGAUCUAAUAAGGAUUCCACCUGACGAGUUUAAACGUGAUACCAUUUCUGCAAUUACUCAUCAGUUAAAUAAAAAUUAUUCAAAUAAGAUUAUCCCUCACAUAGGUUUAUGUGUAACGAUAUAUGAUAUUUUAGAAGUUGAUGAAGGCCAAUUGAAACCAGGUGAUGGUUCUGCCUAUAUUAAUGUCACAUUCCGUGCUAUGGUAUUUAAACCAUUCGUAGGUGAAAUCUUGACUGGUUGGAUUACAAAAUGCACAGCAGAUGGGAUCAAAGUCUCAAUGCUAGGUUUAUUUGAUGAUAUAUUUAUUCCACAAAAGAUGCUAUUUGAAGGGUGUCGUUUUCUACCAGAUGAUUCUGCUUGGAUAUGGCCAAUGGAUGAAGACACUAAAUUAUAUUUUGAUGUAAACGAAAUGAUUCGUUUCAGAGUUGAACAAGAAAUAUUUGUGGAGGUAAAACCAAAGUCACCUAAGGAGAAAGAAGCCGAAGAAGAAGCUGAAAUGAAGAGACAACAAGCAUUACUUGAAGGGAAGGAAGACUCUUCAAUACCAGAAACGACAGUAGAAAAACAUCCACCUUAUGCUAUCUUAGGUAGUUGCCAGACAGAUGGGAUGGGUUUGGUCAGUUGGUGGGAAUAA